AUAGUGGAUAGGCCAAAAUCUCAGCAAGUUCGAACCUCCAGUACCAUAAGGCGAACCUCCUCUUUGGAUGCAAUCACAGGACCUUACCUCACAGGACAGUGGCCACGGGAUCCUCACGUUCACUACCCUUCAUGCAUGAAAGACAAAGCUACUCAGACACCUAGCUGCUGGGCAGAAGAGGGAGGAGAAAAGAGGUCACAUCAGCGUUCGGCAUCAUGGGGGAGUGCUGAUCAACUAAAAGAGCAGAUCGCCAAGCUGCGGCAGCAGCUCCAGCGCAGUAAGCAGAGCAGUCGCCACAGCAGGGAGAGGGAUCGCCAGUCACCUCUCCAUGGCGGCCAGAUCACAGUCAGUCACACUCAGGCUACUGGAUCAAGGUCAGUUCCUAUGCCACUGUCAAAUAUAUCAGUGCCAAAAUCAUCUGUUUCACGUGUGCCCUGCAAUGUAGAAGGAAUAAGUCCUGAAUUAGAAAAGGUAUUCAUUAAAGAAAAUAAUGGGAAGGAGGAAGUGUCCAAGCCCCUGGAUAUCCCUGAUGGCCGGAGAGCUCCCCUGCCUGCUCACUACCGGAGCAGCAGUACUCGCAGCAUUGACACGCAGACGCCUUCUGUCCAGGAGCGCAGCAGCAGCUGCAGCAGCCACUCACCCUGCAUCUCCCCCUUCUGCCGCCCGGAGUCCCAGGAUGGCAGCCCUUGCUCAGCAGAAGACUUACUCUAUGAUCGCGAUAAAGACAGUGGGAGUAGCUCACCGUUACCCAAGUAUGCCUCAUCUCCCAAACCAAACAACAGCUACAUGUUCAAACGCGAGCCCCCAGAGGGAUGUGAGCGAGUGAAGGUCUUUGAGGAAAUGGCGUCUCGCCAGCCUAUCUCGGCCCCUCUCUUUUCAUGUCCUGACAAAAACAAGGUUAAUUUCAUUCCAACCGGAUCAGCUUUCUGUCCUGUGAAACUCUUGGGCCCCCUUCUGCCUGCUGCCGACCUGAUGCUCAAGAACUCUCCCAGCUCCGGCCCGAGUGCCACACUGGCGACCCUGACGGUGGAGCAGCUCUCCUCCCGGGUCUCCUUCGCGUCCCUUUCUGAUGACACCAGCACUGUGGGCUCCACAGAAGCCCCUGCCCAGCAGCCGAACCAGCAGCAGCAGCUCCUACAGGACUUGCAGGUGGAGGAGCAUGGCUCUGCCCAGAGCUACAUGGUCAUCUAGGGCAGGGGCUGGCCUGCCCCAUGGCCUGUGGCUUGGGGACAGGGCCUUGGACAUCUGCCUGCCUGCAUGGAGCGAUGAACUCUGAACACCAUCACCAGAAUACUUCUCAGCAUCGGAAAGUAUCUCUUGACACUGAUCUUGGCAGGGACGGAACUCUUAUUCAGCAGUUUUUGUGGAAAGCAGUAAUGCUUGCAAAAACGUGUGUGUCAUUCAGCAUUUUAAGUGGAGACUAUGCAUUUCAUAGUUUGUUUGACAGAUUAGUAAUGUGUCCUGUGUUUUGUUCCAAAUUCUUCAGUAUAAAUAAGCUCUAUAUCAAAAAGUUGCCUGUCUAAAUAGAAAACGUCUUGCUGUGUUUGUCCUAUGGAAAAUACUGUACUUCAGGAUUAUGUUUACAAUUGAUCCAGGUGUUUGUUUCUAACUUCUGUAAUACAUACAAUGCAAAAAAAAUGGCCACAACAGUUGCACAGUGUCCACCCUAUGGCCUCGCUUCAGGUACUUCAGGUGAAGUCUAAACUCAGGUAUCUUGGAAUGUAUGUCAUAGUGGGGUGUGGACUGCUCGCAGCCACAAACUCACGAGGGAACAGCACUCUCUGCCUUUCCGUCUUGUAUGCAUUUUCCUUUCCUCAUGACAUUCCACAGCUUAGAAUACGAAGUGUACUCACCUAGGAGAAGGGUAACCCUGGAUGGGUGAGCAUAAGGAGAACCAGCAAACCUGUGGUGUCGGACAUCACCUUUGUCAUGUGGUUACCAGUAGAACAACUGUUGCAUUCACUGUUUUAACAUGUGUAAAGGUGGCUUUUAAAAGUUUGGACAUCCUGCAGUUAAGGACUGUUACAAUGUUGCAAAUCAAUUGUUUAGGACUGUACAUAAACAUUCCACAUCGUGUGUCAUGAAGUUGGAGGACAAGAGUGUCUAGAUUUAAUUUCAGAAGAAGCAAAGUGUUUGACAGGGGAUGGUUGGGAUUUUUUUGUUGUUGUUUAUGUUGGCCAUCAGGGUCCCAACUGUUACUAUUUUCUCUAAAGGCAUAUUUAUGUUUAGCUUCUCUUUUGGAAAUUCCUUAAUCUGCAUGUUAAGAAAUGACAUCUUUUUGGUGACUUUUACUCAAGCAGCUUAGGUGCUUGAGCUGCAUCGAAGUGGACGAGAGAACACUUGGGCCUCAGAAUCUGUGCAGCGUAAGUAUGCAGGUUAUUCGGUGACUUAAAAGAGCAGUAGUUUGAAGGUGUCUAAUUUAAGCCUCUCUUAAUACUAUCAUGAAUAGUUAAGAUUUGCAAUGUGUGAAGUAGAGCAUAAACCCAAGUAAGUAGCCUUGAACUUGCCGACUUGACAUAAGUGCUCCACGGAGCUUGAAGAGAGCCCUCAAAGUUCUGAUGGUCAGUGGGAGAGCUCCACCUUCCAGACGUCAUGCUCUUCAGCACAAAGAGAGUGUCCAGAAGCAAAGGGAAGCUUUUGAGUUUUUAUUCCAGUUUUUCAGUUCAGUGAAACCUCGAGUUGUUUCAUCUGCACCUAAAGUGUAUGGCACUAUUUUCUUAGGAAUUAGGGGAGCAAGGUGCCUACAGCUAAAGGAACGUUUCAGUUCCCUCCAGUCAUUCCUGGGCUUUCUCUGUUUUGUUUAUUUUCUAAGGUGGUCAAAGGAGGAUGAGGUGAUAGAGAAGAAAGCAACACCAUUGAUUUUUUUUAAAGAAGCGAUAUACAUGUGUGUAUAUGUGUGCGUUGUGUAUUCUGUGUAUUACUUUGUCAUGAUCCAGUUAUCUUCUUUCCACCAAAGUUUGCAGUAAUACUCUCUCCUGAAGGUGCAUUCUGGCUCCUUUAAAUCAGUCAGUGUUAUAUUGUAGGAGAUUGGCAUGGGGAAAAGGACUCAGUUUACUUUUGCCAUUUCCACAGGGGAACCUUUUAAAAUAUCUUCUCAGCAGCAGAUACCUUUAACCCUAAUAAUCUCAGGCCUUGAUGAAAAUACUAUAUUUUGUAGAUUAUGGUUAAAGGGAGAUAAAUACUAGUUCCGUAAGAUAAAUAUGAGCUCCACUGUACUUCUGAUAUCUGGUUUGGCAUCACGUAAUGUGUUGGUCUCAUGCUCUGCUUUUGUCCAAGUAUGAUACAAUAGUAUCAACGUACACUUCAGAAAAAUGGACUGAAUAUGCUUUUUUGGUGAUGAAAUCUGAUGUAUGAUAUUUAUAGUGAUAUGUGCUUUUAUUUUCUCAUAAGGAACUAAAUAUUGUGUUGUACAUUUGUUCUUAGCAUAUAUUAAAGUUUUGAACCAAAUGUGUUAAAGCUUAUGCUUUGCCAUGUAAAUUUCCCAGAAGUUGUUGAGCUCAAAUGUAUCCUACAUCCAGCUGUAGAAAUUUGUCAGAAGUUGUUUAAAUUUUGUAUAUAGUUGUACUGUUUAAUUCUAGCCACUGUGUUGAACAGUAUUUGAGUUACCAUACAAUAUGGCUUUACACAAGGAAAUGUGUGGCUUUUGUUUUGUAUUUUUUUCAGUAUAGAAGUUCCUGUGUCUUAUUUAAAUAAAAUUAUUAGUAAAACUG